UGGCACGGAUAAGCGAAGUUCGCGGGCACCCGUGUGUGUGAGUACCGAGCCUUGGUUACGGCAUUCUCCCACCUCUCUCUCUUUGACCAGUAGGUUCUCUCCCUCCCCCCUAAGCGAUAUCGCGAGUUGGGGAGAGAAAAAAAAUUAAUUAGGAUGGAAAAGGAGGGGAGAGAGAUUCAGGUAUAAUAGACGAGGUAAACCAGACCUCCCUUGAAAUCGCCAGACGGAGAAAGGUGGAACCUCGAGAAGACUUGCGAUUGCCUUCGUCAUCUCCGCAUCCCCUGGGAGAUAACCACCACACGUGUGCAAGGUGCGUGGCGAUGGUGUCUCCGGCGCUGCUGCUGGCGCUGGGAGGGGCGUGCGCCGCCGCCUCCGCCGCCCCCGAGCAGGUGCUGGGCGAGCUGCUGGGCCGGCCCUUCCCGCCGCUAGCCGCCCUCGAGGCGGGCGGCAACUACUCGCGCCACUGCGCCGACCACGUGCGGCUCUACCACUCGCGCCUGCGCCGCUACGCUCCCUGGGCGCUCAACAUGUUCGACUCGUCGGCCAAGAUGCCGUCCGGGGUGAUCACGGGCAGCACGGCGAACCUGGGCCACUACGAGCAGUGCCUGCGCGUGGCGGCGGAGGAGGACGAGGUGAUGUUCACGGGCCAGCUGUGCACCACCUCAGUGCAGUUCAAGCUGCCCGCCGCCUCCACGGCGUUGGUGGACGACAGCUCGCCCGACGCCCUGGGGCUGCUGGAGGCGGUGGCGCGCGCCGCGGCCCAGCGGAACCUGGACGCGCUGGGCUCGGUCGUCUACCGCUGGAGCUUCUGCGUGCCGUCCACGUGCUCCGCCGCCGACGUGGCGUCCUUCCUGGACCGCUCGCUGGCGCCACUGCGGCUGCCGGGGCGCCUCGAGGUGCAGGUCUCCGUGCCAGACGCCGCCUGCCUCAGCGCCCGCUCCGCGCUCCCCCAGUUCGCCGACGUCGACUACUACUUCCUGUCCUUCAUCGCCAUCUUCGCCCUGCUGGUGCUCGCGUCCACCGGGUAUGACCUGUGGCUGGCGGCGCGCGUCAGGACGAAGACUCCUCAGACGAAGGUGCAGAUGGCGCUGCGGGCGUUCUCCGCCUGCACCAACGGCCGCGCGCUGCUCGACACCGACACGUCCAAGGACACGCUGGCGUGCGUCAACGGGCUCCGGUUCCUGUCCAUCUGCUGGAUCGUCUUCGGCCACACCUACUACCAGACCAGCGUCAGCCCGCUCGCCAACGCCCUGGACGUCGCCUACUUUCACACCAGGUGGGCGAUGAUGAUCGUGAUGAAUGGCACUGUGAGCACGGACACCUUCUUCUUGCUCAGCGGGGCCCUGCUCUGCUACGUCUUCAUGAGGGACAGAAGCAAGGGCCUCCGCUUCAGCCUCUUCAAGUUCUACCUGCACCGCUACAUCAGACUGACUCCCGCCUACGCGGCUGUGGUGUUCUUCUACGCUUCCAUGUUGUACCACUUGGGUUCCGGACCACUGUGGCACUCGACGAUCGCCACGGAGCGCGACAACUGCCUCGCCAGCUGGUGGACCAACCUGCUCUACAUCAACAAUUACGUGAAUGUUGCGAACACGUGCAUGACCCAGUCGUGGUAUCUGACGGUGGACAUGCAGCUGUACUGGGCCAGCCCGGUGCUGCUGUACCCCCUGUGGCGGUGGCGCAGGAUGGGGCUAGUGGCCCUGGGCUGCUGCCUCGCAGUGUCGGUGAUGGUGCCUCUGGCGAUCACCGCGAGCAACCACCUCCCCGGCGCCAUGCUCUACGCCACUGGGGCCUCGGUGACAGACGUGUUUCUCGAGGUGUACUUGCCUGCCUACACCAGGGCUGGACCCUACCUCGUGGGAAUAGCCCUGGGGUACCUCCUCUACGCCACUAAGGGAACAGAUGUCUGCCUGCCAAAGUGGCUGGUGGGUGCGGCGUGGCCGACGGCCGUCGGCGCGAUGGCGGCUGUGCUGUUCGGCACGUUCGGCAUGUACCAGGAAGAGCACGGCUACAGCGUGGUGGAGGCCAGCGUGUACGCCGGCCUCCACCGCACCGUCUGGGCCGCCUGCGUCGCCUGGGUCGUCUUCGCCUGCGUCUCCGGCUACGGGGGCUUCGUAGACGCGUUUCUGUCAUGGAGUGCGUGGCAGCCGCUGAGCAGGCUGACUUACUGCGCCUUCCUCUGCCACUUCGUUUUCCUGCUGGUCAACACGGGCAUGACCAGGACUCCGGGCUUCACCUCCGGCUACAACGUGCUGCGCGAGAUGCUGGGGAUAAUGCCCCUGGUGCUGGCGGCCUCUGCAGCGGUGAGCCUCGUGUUCGAGAUGCCCUUCGUCGCCCUGGACAAGAUACUCCGCGCCCAGGGCCAAGCUCCGAGGAACGACAGGCGACUCGAGACCUCGUUAGAGACGCCUGGCGUCAGUGGGACGUCUUGAUGUGUCUACUCCACUCCCUUCGCUAUGGGUGCAGCCAGACGUACCGAAUAGACUGUCAAACAGUUGGGCCGCUAUUCUCUCCUCACACCUCCAUGCUAGCGUGUGGACCGUUUCGGCCAAGUGCCGUGUCAGCUGACAAUGUAAUGUGCUCUCUUCAAGUUAGUACGACUUAAGACGGUCAUGUAUUAGGAAAGACUGUUUCCGGUCGUCUCCUUAAAGGAUUCUUUACCUUAAAGGAUCCUUGUACCGUGUCAGCCAUUUCUGAAGAUCUUCCGAGUAGUUGUAAGGGUUCCUGCAGAAUCGUCGAUUCAGCCUCUUUCGUCAAAAGGGAUUAAUCAUCAAAUCCCUCAAUUCAUGUUUGCAGUCGAUAGUUUUCCCACACUCUGUUCUUUCCCGCGCUAACCCAAGAGUGUAUAAAUUUCACUCUGGGCAGAUUCUCGGGGCAGUUACUCUGCAACUGCAAGGGCGAGUGAAAUUUUUACUCUGACUGGUUUUUGGUCAGUCGUAAAGUUUUCUCACGGAGAAACGUUUCGGAACGCAGCCCGGUGGUCGGUGAACAAUGCUACCCACUAAGAAAAAAAAAACAAUGUCCACAGCAACAAUGAACAACAAAGACUACCCAAAUUAACCCUACAAAAAAUAUUAAAAUAAAAAUGCAAAACACAUUACGUGAAAAAUAAAACGCCGCAUAAGUAUUCAGAAAUGUUUAUUUUGGAGGUUCGGAACUUUCGUAGGUAUUGAAAACUCUUCCGACUUAUCAAGCAAGGAAAGAUAUAAUCGACAUCUUAGUUUUACCGCGAGUUUUCAUCGACUCUAGGGUGAAACAGUCUGUGAUCAAUGUAAUAUGUAUAUUAUGUGUGUAAAAUAUAAUGUAACUGUACGUCAAAUAUUCUUACAGUAUCUAUUUUUAUCACGUGUCAUGUCGAUUGUAGUACCAAUUAUACUCUACAGUAUCAGUUAAUUGAUGUAAGACAAGUAUUAUGAGCUGUAAGGUUGUUCAAAACCGCUGCCAAAAACUGGUGUUUCGUUGCAAAAAUAAAAUUCUGGAUCAAAAGAUUUAAGUCAUUUAAAUGAUCACCAAAAUUUUAGUGAUAAAAUGUUUUAUACUUCUAUGUAGUAAAAUUCAUGGUUUAAUAGUUCGUCUAUUAGUAUUUUAGUAUGUAGUUUCGUUUUUAUAUAUACACAUGGUUUUUAUGUUUGCUAAUUAAGCUGUGUUAUUUAUGUACAAUAAAACAAAAGUGUGAUUUUUGUUUAAUCUAUUAUAGUUUAUUAAAACGUUUGUAAUAUUUUUGUGAUAAAGUAUUAUUUAACUCGGAAUAAUGAAAUGUAAUCAGUAUUGAUGUAUUUGAGGACAUUAAAUUAUUCAUUAAAAAAAUUAC